GAUUUUUCGCAUCCCCCCAUGCAAAUCAAAAUGUAAUGUAAUAAUAACAAAAAUUGCAUUGUGUGCACUCUGUUUCACGUGUGAUACGGCACGAGAGUAUUAAAAAAAUUAAAAAUGACCGUAAUAAUAAUAAAAAUGUAUUUCAUCCUCAAUCAUGUCUCAAUAAUCGAUGAAUUAAGUUGCGAGCAAACAAAAUAAAUUAAAAAGCACUUUAAAAGAUUCCUAGAAGAAAAAAAAAGUUACACAAAAAAAGGGAAAAAAAGAGUGUGAAAUCACAAAAAAGAGACCUUUGUUACAUGAUUUCUCAUUCAAACAUUUUGAAGAAAAAAAAACAUCCCAAACUCUGACAAUUUAAAAGAAAAAAGAAAACAAGUGAGAAAAAAAAGUAUCUGUGAAAUAUUUAUGUUCAAACGAAGAAAGAAGAAAAAUAAUACGACGGAAAAGCAAAGGAAAUGCUUUUAUCCUUUUUUGCUCCAUUCUGUCUUCGUGCACGAAGAAUAACGCCAAAGAUGAUGAAGAAGAAGGCGAACACAAAGGCUUUCUUUUUUUGAGUGAACAACACACACACACACGUCAAGCGUUGAUCCUUUAAAUAGUGUCUAUCACGACGGAAAAGCUCUUUUUUUUUGCAAAAAAGAAAAAAAAGUGAAAUGUGAGAAAAAAAAAUGUUUCUAACAAGAAAUACUAAACUUCCGGAAAUUGACAACAACAAAAAAUAAAAAAAAAUUGCAAUUACCUGAAGCGAACACAAAUUUAACAAAAAAAAGUGUGUAAAAGCCAUUAAUUUGCAGUAAUUAUCGCACGACCAACAAAAAUAUAAAAGAAAAGUUUGCACCAGUAAAACAGGAAAACCAUUAAGGAAACAUAAUGCUAUUCAAUCGCUUCCAUCAAAACAACACAAAAUACGACAGACAUGUAACACGAUCGUCAACAACUUUACUAAUUACAAGAGUAUCCUUUUUAUUACUACUUUUACAACUGCAAAGUACGUACCUGCUGCUAACGAAUGCUCAAGCCGACUUUGGCGGCGAGGAAGGCGAAGAUGACUUUGUACCAACGAUGGUGGAAGCAGUUUUGGGUAAAACGACAACUUUGCCGUGCGACAUCGAGCCCGAAAUUCAGAACGAUCGUGUUUAUAUGGUGUUGUGGUUUCGUGAAAAUACCGGAAAACCACUUUAUAGCUUUGAUGUUAGAGGACGUUCGUUUGCCAAAGCACUCUACUGGUCAGAUGCCAAUGCAUUUGGACCGAGAGCGUACUUUGUUACAGUAUCCAAGCCAGCAGCACUCAACAUCGACAACAUUCAAUUGGAUGAUGAAGGGAUCUAUCGCUGCCGGGUAGACUUUCAAAAUUCACCAACCAAGAAUCAUCGAAUAAAUCUGACUGUCAUAGUGCCACCACAUCAAAUUCUCGUGUAUGACGAGUCGGGACGCGACGUGGCAGGUGUCGUUGGCCCCUUGCUGGAAGGCGAUAAUUUGGUGUUGACGUGUGAAGUGCGUGGCGGACGUCCCGAGCCAAAGGUUACGUGGCUGAACGGGAAUCGACCACUCAAAACGGGCACUGGCGUGUCAAUGGCACGUCAUGUAACUGUCAAUCGACUCGAAAUUAACAACAUUGGACGCGAACAGCUCAACAGCACGUACGUCUGCCAGGCGUCAAAUACGAUUUUAGUGCCGGCAGCGGAACGCACCAUUCGCAUCGAAAUGCUACUAAAACCUGUUUCAACGAGCAUUUUGAACAAACCACGGCAAUUCACAUCAAAUACUGAGUAUACGUUAGAUUGCGAGGUUGUGGGAAGUGUUCCUGAUACCGAAGUUAAAUGGACACAAAAUAAUCGCCCUUUCACGAGAGGAAAGGUUCAACUAUCAACUAAUGGCAGUGUUGUUACAUCUCGCAUCACAUUUCAACCCGUACCCGAUGACGAUGGCACCAUGCUGAAAUGCGAGGGAUCUAAUCCACGUUUAACAAAUUCCGCAAAAGAGGAUUCAAUGAUAAUGAAUGUUUUAUAUCCACCGCAAGUGGUUUUAUCACUCGGUUCCACACUUAAUCCGACCGAUAUAAAGGAGGGUGAUGACGUUUAUUUCGAGUGUAAUAUCAAGGCAAAUCCGAAGGAACACCGAAUAACGUGGUCGCACGAUGGCAUCCCAGUCAUACAGAAUGUGUCAUGGGGUGUAAUUAUUUCGACAAAAUCUCUCGUGCUGCAACGUGUCACCCGGCUGCAGAGCGGUCUCUAUGCCUGCACUGCCGUCAACGACAAAGGAGAGACACAAAGUGAACCAGUUUCAUUAAGGAUUCAUUUUGCACCCAUCUGUAUCACAUCUUCCAUUAUGGUGAUUGGAUCUUCCAUUGAUGAAUCUGUAACGGUGCCGUGUCGCGUUGCCGGUGAUCCAUCAGUAAUAACGUUCGAGUGGACAUUUGCAAAUAGCGGCGAACGAUUUGACGUUACGUCGAACAACUUGGUGCCGAAUAUGGCAAUUGAGGAGCAUUUGGGCACCGGAACAGACAUAAAUGCACCGGGCAGCGUCAAUAACAACAACAACAACAACAAUAACAACGGUAAUGCGAUCACAACGAGUACCCGACAUUUUAACAGCAUCGAGGACUACAAUGAUAACAACAAUAACGGUGGUUUUACAUUUGAAACAAUAAAUCACUUGACGUAUACACCGAAAACGGAACGAGAUUACGGAACGUUGGCGUGCUGGGGCAAAAACAAAAUUGGAAAACAAAUUGAGCCAUGUCUCUUUCAGAUUGUUCCAGCUGCUAAGCCAUCACCUUUAAAGAACUGCACGUUGCGCCCGUACACAUCGACAGCCACAACAACGUUGCUCGUGUCUAACUUGACCACAAUUUAUGGGUAUCAUAAUGUGAAAGAAUUAAGCUACAUUAAUGGUAAUGCCGGCAGCCAUCAUUACGGGCCGAGUUCAACGGGCGACGGAGAUCAUUUGUCGGAAAUGGAUCCGAUUGCGCGUAGCAGCAAAAAUGGCAGAAAAACUUCGCAGUCUUCCUCGUCCUCGUUAGAGAUGCAAUUUAAUCUAAUGGAGGCGGAGAGUGAUAGAAAAAUAAUUGUGCAUAAAAGGGACGUAGAUACAAGCAGUAGCAGUAGUAGUAAUAGUAGAGAUAGAAGUGAAAAUUACCACCAAAGAGACAGGGACGACGAGAAUAGUCGUCGCCUAGUGUACAGUAGAUCCAAUAAUAAUAAUAAAAAUAAUAAUGAUAAUAUUUAUAAUAGUGAUGAUAGUAAUAAUGAUAAUUUAAGUGAGAUGAGAAAAGUGAUGCGCCGCGAUAAUAAUAACAAUAGUGACAACCAACAGAACGAAACAACGAACGAAAAAAUCAACACAGCAACAACAAAGCGACUAGCAAAUAGAAUUAUUCGAAAUGAAGUGCCACUAACGUAUAAUAAAAAUAAUAAUAAUUUCAAUAAUAAAAAUAAUAAUAAUCGCGAUAAAGCCGCGUAUGCAGCAGCACUCUCGUCAUCGAGUCACUACCACGAUCCGUUCGAUACGGCAUCCACCACUUACGAGACACGACAAUCAUCCGCGUCGUCAUCGUCCCUGACAACGAUGGAAUUGGAAUGCAUCGCUGGCUAUGACGGCGGCUUACCGCAACAUUUUAUACUUGAGGCAUAUGACUCGAGAACGCGCAAACUACGACUAAAUGUCACGAGUGCGUACACGGAUGUUCCAUUGUUCCGUUUUGAUUUGUCAGAUUUAUUGCCAUCUGACUCGCAAGCACCGACAUUACAUCUUGUCGCUUAUAGUGUGAAUCAAAAAGGUCGCAGCGAGCCUUUUGUAUUGGAAGAUAUUGCAAUCAAUGAAGCAGAAAAAAGAACAGAUGGCUCUAGUGGUUUGAGUAUUCUACCGAUUGCUGCGCUACUCACCGGCACUUUGUUUACCGUUGGCAUCGCAAUAUUGCUGAUUGUGGUUUUGACAAUAAGGAGGAAGCGGGAAAAGACUCAAGGGGGUGAAAUGAAGGAGAAACAUAUGGGUCUCAACAUCACUGUCUCAACGCCAGCUGGCGACAUGGGUGCUGGCGGACAACCCCGUUACGUCGUUGCUUACACGCUCAAACAAACGCCCGAACAACCGCCUCCCACGCAACAAAAGCAACCCGACAUCCUGAAUCCCGACAGCUUGCAAUCCCUCAAAGACGUGACAAAGCUCAAGUCACCGACGUCGCCCAGCAACAAUAUCGCCGUCGACUACUCCACGAUGUACAGUUCCUUGCCGCAACAAGCGUCGCACGAUCACACAGAUGGCAUCUCGAUCGACAACACCAACGUCCUCGAUGCCUCCUCCUAUCCGCAUCACAACUUUUUUAUCCAACCACCGCACUACAGCAUUCUCGGUACGACGAGUAAUGGCGGCAUCAUGGAACCGCCGCACGAAUACACGAAAAGUUACUCGACGAUAAUUGUGUCGUCGGCGCCCGCAACGACAUCUGCCGCCAUUCCGUAUCAAACUCACACCAAUUCGCUGGACUAUCGACUGCCGACAUACGGAAAUGGCGACGUCGUCGAUAGUGUUUUGCUGCGAAAUAAUCACGCAGGUGGCGCUGCGAACGAAUACAGGUAUUCCGGCUCGGAUUUCAGCAUGAACGAGUCCAACACGUCGACGCUGGGCAGCAAGAGUAAUAAUCGCAUCAAUAGCACGGGUACGAGUAAUCGAAGUCACAUCAUCACAGAUACACUUCCAGGGCCUGAAAGUUGUGUCUAA